AUGAGAGCGCGGGGUACUCGGGGUCCUCGCCCAAUGGCGCGAAGCUUCAGUGCCGCGCUCGGUUGCUAAGGAAGGAGGGCGGUUGCUGGGGAGCUGCGGCCUCACCUCUUGGGGUUCCCAUGGUGAUGACAGGAUGGCGAGCGGCAGCGGGCUGAUUUGCCCCAGCGCUGGGGCCAGGUAAGGCGGCCGCCCUUGCUGCCACCCUCCGCCCUCCUCGCCACGUAUCCCGGAGGGGAGGCGGCCGGCUCAGGCGUCGGCCUCGCUCCCCCCCCCGUCCCCCUGGGUCGGGCUUGACCCCCCGGCUGCUUCAGCGCCGCCCGCCCUGACUGCGCCCCGUCCGCUUUUUGGCUGUUGCACCUAUUUGUUAGAUUUAAGGGGAAGUCUCUGAAUGGAUGGGGUGGUUGUUCCCCGUAAGGAUUUGGGGAGGGUAUGUAAACAUCACGAGGCGUUAUUUUAUUUUCCAGCCUCUCUUAAGGGCCAAAGUAAGUAAGCCUCGAAAAUGAAAACGUGCGCCACUAACUCAGCGCGCAACUGGUCGCUCGGGAAGUUAAAAGCGUCCCCCCUCCGCGCAGCCUCCGAUUCCCCCCCUUUCAGCGAAACGCGGAGAUCCCCCGUGCUUUGAAAAUCCGAACAGGGGAGCUGCAUCAAUUGCACGGGGAAUUUCCAGAUUCAGGGAGUGGGAAGUGUGCGGCAAGAGAAGGAGAAGGGGCGAGGACGAGGGGGAGUUAGGGGAGGCGCAAGCAGGGUUCACAGCCCCCCUUAGUCCGAGGGGGUGGACACAUGGGGGUAGCCAGGAUUAAUUUUAGGGGGGGCAGGCAUUGUGGGGGGGGGGCAGAACCCAGUUAUCUGUGACACAUUUGGUCAGUUAACUAUUUUUAUUUAUUUGCUUGACUUAGGGGGGGAUAACUGCCCCCCUGCCCCCUCCUGGCUACACCCAUGUGUAGACAAGCCCUUGCUUGCAGCCCUAACCAGGGCUGGCCCAACACAUUUUGGCAUUUGAGGUGAAACACAAAAUGGUGCUCCCCUACUAAUUCACAUUAGAAACACGAAGGAAUAAAGAUCUACAUUGUGAUCUGCUGCCCUGAAGGUCUUGCUGCCAGAGGCCUCACUUUGCCUCAUGGGUAGCCUGGCCCUGGCCCUAAUUUUCUCUUUGUAUAAUCCCAGUUUCCAACAUUCUGCUGUGCCUGGAUGCGACCAAACACCAGAAUUCAGGAUAGAAAUAUAAAUGUGGGAUCAGGCUAGAUUAUUUUUGGUUGUUGCUGCCUGGGAGCAGCUUUAACCAUUGACCUAACAGUGUACCUCUUUUUGGCUCGUUUUCUCCCAUCCAUGUGGUGAUAGCAAUGCUGUUUUCUGUAGUGAAUGGGCUUUUGCACUCUCAAAGGCAUGCUGUGAGUUUUGCCAGGCAUUUCAAGGCUAGAGUCCCACAGAUCAGACAGACUUUAGAUGCCACAGUUAGACUUGUUCUAAUAAGAGAUGCCUAGAGUAAUUUCUAGUGCAGCUGUAAUGGAUCUGUUUCGGUUGUUAUGAUCUCAGAAUGUGCAUAAGCUGCUUGAAGGAGUUUGACUGAUCGCUUGCUCACUGGACCACUGUCCUCCUUUGGAUCUAGCUGAGAGGGAAUGGCUGGAUGGAUCCAGGAAGUGAUUAAUGUAUCAUUGUGGAAGAGUGGGGGGAGGUGCCUUGAAGGAGGCAGGGAUGUGCCUUCUCCUCAAGCAGCCCUCCCUAGACCCAGAAGUGCUGAACAACUGUCACCAAGUUGCAAAUAUCAUUUUCUUGGGAAAGGUGCUGACAAGGCUGGUGGCAUGCAGGCUACAAGGAUGCUUAUAUGCAAGUGAUUAGAGAAGUUUCAGUCUGUCUUCAGGUGUGAUCAUGGCACUGAAACUUUUGUUGGGAAUGGUAUGGGGGAGUGUGACAAUUUUGCAUGCUUUCCUGUGGCUUUUGAAACCAUUUUCCUGGGGCAGCUCUGUGACUUAGGGUUUGGGGGCACUACUUUUUGUUGACAGAAAUUGAGUGCUUAGGGGUUUGCUGAAAUGAGUAAAUUUGAUAUAAUUUGGAUGCUUUCUUAUGUAAACACAGGUGGUAAUUUGAUGCAACCUCUAUUGGUUGCAUCAAAUCACUCAGUUCUAGAAUUUAAACAACUCACCAGAGAUAGUAUUAUUUGGCUGUAGUAUAUUUAUUUGCCAUGCAAGUAUGGUAUUGCUGUAUCCUGUUUGUAUUGUUUGUUCUGUUCUAUGUGUUAUGUAAAAGAUUCAAUAAAAAUAAGAAUUUCAAAAGUUGUGCAUAAUGGUGAAAACUUUAGGUCUUAGAUACUAGAACAAAAACUUGGGUUGUUCAUCCUACACUUGCAUUAGUAUGUUUGUGCUUGUUUCUGGAGAAACUUCAAAAGAAUAAGAAUAAUUCUUAUCAUUUUUAAGCACGUGCUUUGCAAUCUUAUAGGGUAGGUUAGUGUCAUCUCCAUAUUGAAUGUGGCGUUGGGUGAGCAGAAGGAAAGUGGCUUAAGUAAGGUCGUGGCUAAGAUGAAAUUUGAUCUAAUAGUGUUGAGGUUUGCACACUAAUUACAGUACUGUAUUUUAUUUUUACUGCUGGUGCUCAAACGCUGAUGAAGGGUGGACUUAGAAAUAUAAUUAAUCAGUCAAAAAUCUGAUAUAUAUGCUGCAUAUGUUGACAGAUUUUGACUCUCUUUCCUGAACUAUUUGUUACAACCACAUUACUGCAUGAACAGAAAUGCUAAUACUUCAUUUCUCAUCUUUCUCAGUGGCUUUGAGGAUGAAGCUUUGAAACUUCGUCAGCUGAAACUGGAGAACCAGGUAAUCAAAACCACAAGGCAGUGCCUGACAGGUAUUGUAGUAGUGAAAAUGAGUAAUUGAUUAUCUCAUGAAUUUGGAUCUUGCAACAAGCUCAUCUAGUUACACCAUGUUCUUUAUUUUUGUAAAUUCAGAUAAUUUGAGCAGGGUAAGGUAGAGUAAAAUGUUUGUUUAAACUUGCAUCAUUAGUCAAAAGACUUUAUUAUAUGGCUCUUUGUAAAUUAAAUAAUUUAUAGCCCCAGAUGAAAUUUGUUUGUUUAAACUUGCAUGAUUAGUCAAAAGUACUUGAAAGUACUGCAUUGGGCAUUACAUAUAACAUUGCAGGAAUUCCUAAGAUCUAUUGCUGAGGCUAAUAAAUGAGCGUAUUCCUUGACAGAGAGCUCUUCUGGAAAAGAAACAGAGGAAGAAGCGUCUUGAACCCUUGAUGGUGCAGCCAAAUCCAGAAGCAAAGUUGCAUAAGGUGAAGCUCAAAGGGUCUGAGGAGCAGAGCCCUUUAGUAGGACCCCAUGUGCCUGUUUGCAGUGAUGUUCACCUCCAUGGUGAGUGAAGUCUUUGUAAUUGUUAAACGUUCUUUUACUUUCAGUAAUCCCCUGAAAUAAGCACUAUCAAAUUCAUGAGAAGUUGGCACUCUAAAAUAUUAAGUACUGUAUUUACAGAUGUGCUUGUCAAUCCUGUAGCAAAAUGUAUAGCUAACUAUUUGUCGCGGUUGAAACAGACAUGUUGAAACAAACUAAGCUGCUAUGCAAAAUGCAGCUCUCCCUGGAGUUUACAGCAGGUGUUAUGUGAGGAAUUCCAAUUGUAUACAGUGGUACCUUGGUUUACGAACUUAAUCCGUUCUGAAAGUCCGUUCUUAAACCAAGGUGCGCUUUCCCAUAGCAGCAGGGGACUCAAUUUACAAAUGGAACAUACUCAUCAGGAAGCAGAACAUGUUCUUAUUACAAAGCAAAGUUCACAAACCAAAACACCUACUUCUGGGUUUGCAGUGUUCUUAAUCCAAGUUGUUCAUAAACUAAGCUGUUCUUAAACCAAGGUACCACUGUAUUCUGUUUAAAAAGCAUUCAAAAUGGUGCAUCAUCGUUAGUGUUCUGUGUCAAUUUUUUUUUUUUACUUCAGACAGUAUGGCUGAAAUUAGGUUAUACAAACACCAGCCAUUAUUUGCUGUUGUGUCCAUGUUUUCUAUAGAAUAAUUGAAUGUAGAAUCAAUAAUUUUUGUAAUCAAAGUAUACAAAUGUGAUAACAGUUGAUGAAUGAUUCUUCUUCCCCUUACUACUUAUAUGCUAUAGAUAAUGCUUCUCUGUUGACAGACAAGACAACAGAAGGGGGUAGAGGAACAUAUAGUAGAUCGUACCAGUGUGCAUCAUGGACAUCACACUGGACACAUGGUUAUGAGUGUAGUCAGGUAAGAGACAUAUAUAGGCAAGUUAUCUACACUGUAGGGCAAGGUGAUAUUUAGGGAGGGGAAAAUAAUAAUAAUAAUAAUAAUAAUAAUAAUAAUGUAUUUAUAACCCACCCAUCUGGCUGGGUUCCCCAGCCACUCAGGGCGGGUCCCAACAGAAUGUUAAACAGAAUAAAACUUAAAACAUUAAAAACUUAAAACAUUAAAAACUUCCCUAAAGGGCUGCCUUCAGAUGUCUGCUAAAAGUUGUAUAGUUAUUUAUCUCCUUGACAUCUGAUGGGAGGGUGUUCCACAGGGCGGGCACCACCACCUAGAAGGCCCUCUGCCUGGUUCUCUGUAACCUCACUUCUUGCAGUGAGGGAACUGCCAGAAGACCCUUGGAGCUGGACCUCAGUGUCCAGGCUGAAUGAUGGGGGUGGAGACGCUCCUUCAGGUAUAUUGGGCCGAGGCUAUUAAAUAUAGUUUAUAUUUCUAUAUCACAGCAUAUGGAUUGCUCUUAUCCAGUCAUUGCUUGAGAAGUCAUUGGUUCACAAAUGUUGGUGGUUGUGUACUUUGGAUAGCUUGAGUUCUGUUUGUUAGAGGACUAUCUGGGCAAGAUCAGUUGCUGUAACUUUAGGCAAUUAUGCAUUCUAACAACAUGGUUUCCUUAUGGAGAUUCCAGUGCUCCAACAGGGAAGGUAUGACAGGAUGCAGUAACCUCUGAAAAGCAUGGCAAGUAAGAAAUAUUUAUGUUGUUGGUGGGCAGGGUUCAGUGAAGUUGAAGGGACUUAAAACAUUUGUAAUUGUAUUCUUCUUUUGUCACCAUGGUGGUAGAGCCAAGUGGCCAUCUGGACUAGGGGAAACAAAGAGUGAUGUAUAUUUAGUACAGUCAAUAGACCAACAAUAAAAAAGCAUACAGUACACAAGAAUCUUAGAGCAAAACCGUGCAGUGUAAAAACAAUAAUAUAAAACUGCAGUACUCUUGAGUGCAAGCUCAGAGAACAAUAUUAUGGGGUGAUAGUAUAUAGUAAAUCUAACUGAGGAACCAUUGUGUGCUUUUGAAUAACCUCCAAGUUUCCCAGAGAGAUUUGACCCACUUUAUUUUCCCUUUCAACUUUUUUUAUACCACCCCCCCGCAGUUACUGGAAGUUUCCACUUUUGAAGUAAGAUGUGACUGUGUUAGAUUUUCAUUGCCUGUCCACGUAUAUUUCAGAUUUGAUGGUUUUAUCAAUGUGCAUGAUUUUUGAAGAGAGACAAAUAGCUCAAUGUAAACAUUACAGAAUAGAUGAUAUCCUCUUAAAAUAAAUUUACAUUUAAAAAAAACAACAACCAUGAAUAGAACAGCACUUCUGAAACCUGUUUGAGACAACAAACUCAGAAUCACAGAAUUGUAGAGUUGGAAGGGACCCGCAAGAGUCAUCUACUCCAAUCCUCCACAAUGCAGGAAUCACAGCUAAAGAAUCCCUGGCAGAUGGCGAGCCAAGCUCUAUUUAAAAACUUCUAGUGAAAUGAAAUUACUGUGAAAUAAACCAGAGAAGGAGGUUGAGGGAAGUCCGGGGGAAUGGGGGAAUUUUGAAAUUGUGAAUAAUAAUAAUUGUUAUGAUGUAAUUUUGGAAAAAAUGGAAAAUUGAAUAAAAUUUAUAUUUUUAAAAAAACUUCCAGUAGAGUCCACCGCCUUCCAAGAUAGUCUAUUGGACAGUUCUUACUGUCAGAAAGUUCUUCCUAAUGUUUAGUCAGAAUCUCCCUUUUUGUAACAUGAAUCCAUUGGUUUGGGUCCUACCCUCCGGAGCAAGCUUUAUCUCUCUUUCAUAUGACAGGCCUUGAGAUAUUUGAAGAUGGCUAACAUAUCUCCUCUCAGUCUCCUCUGUUCCAGACUAAAUAUACCCAGCUUCUUCAACUGUUCCUCAUAAGGCUUGGUUUCCAGACCCUUGAUCAUCUUCCAACUUGUCAAUAUCUUUCUUAGAUGCUGGUGCCCAGAACUAGACACAGUUCUCUAGGUGUGGUCUGAUCCAGGCAGAAUAGGGCUAGACUAUUGCUGCCCUUCAUCACGACACUAUACUUCUUUUGAUGCAACCUACAAUUGAAUUAGGGACGUGGGUGGUGCUGUGGGUUAAACCACAGAGCCUAGGACUUGCCGAUCAGAAGGUUGGCGGUUUGAAUCCCCGCGACGGGGUGAGCUCCCGUUGCUCGGUCCCUGCUCCUGCCAACCUAGCAGUUCGAAAGCAUGUCAAAGUGCAAGUAGAUAAAUAGGUACUGCUCCGGCGGGAAGGUAAACGGCGUUUCCAUGUGCUGCUCUGGUUCGCCAGAAGCGGCUUAGUCAUGCUGGCCACAUGACCCGGAAGCUGUACGCCGGGUCCCACGGCCAAUAAAGCAAGACGAGCGCCACAGCCCCAGAGUUUGCCACACCUGGACCGAACGGUCAGGGGUCCCUUUACCUUUAACUUUUUACAAUUGAAUUAGCCCUUUUUGUUGCUGCAUCACAAUGUUGUCUCACAUUAAGUUCAUCUGCUCAAUGACAUUGAAGACUUUCAAGCAUUUUGAGUUCUCUUUCACGGUCAGGCUGUUCAGGUGGUCACCAACAAUAUGGGUACCCUUUGUCUUCAUCUAUAUAGAAGAUAGUACAAGGUUGCGGACCUUGCAGCCCUCACACUGCAUUUGUGAAAUGGGUGCAUGCUCGGAUGCAUAGUUCUGACGGUGGUGCAUCUUGCUAGCAUCAAUUCUGUGACAGACGUUAUUGCCCAGUUGCUUGUUCUCACAAGUGGGUACCUGCCCCCGGGUGGUCUGCGUCAUGCUUCACCCUUGGGAUACACAAUGUUUGGCAACCUCCAGGAACAGGCGCUGCUUGUUGAUGAGAUGUUUUCUGAAGCAUUUUUUUAAACUUCUACACACCCACCCCGUUUCUUUAUGAUCCCCUGAAAAUCUGAAGCCUGUUGGGAGGCCUUGCUCUCUUAAUGGCUCAACCCCUAUUUGCCAACUUAUAAGGUAGCUUUCCUUAUUGCCAUCACCCCUGUAAGAAGGACGAGUGAACUUUGUGUGCUACAGUUGAACUGCUGUUGGAGAUGUCCUUGGAUAUCUGGCAAACCCUUGCCUUCUGUGUGGGCAGGACUGCAAACUGUAAGAAAAAUCAUGGCUAUUUCUCUGCUAUGAAGGUCCUAGGAAUUGGUUUCCAGUCUCCCUCCAGAUCCUUCCCUGCUAGAUUUCAUCAACCAUGAGCUCUACUCUGAACUGACUCAACUCCUAGUGCCUUUGGUUGUGCGCACAUGCUCAAGGGAAGUCAUGUUUUCCACAGCUUUUUCUCAGGGAAUUCUCUGGGCAGAACUCUUGCUGCGUCACUGUCUGAUUGCAGGCCUCAGCACUACAGGGUUGAUGUUUAAGCAUAGGUGGAGACCUGUUUCAGACAGGUUGCAAUGAGCUUGGGAGCCAGGGUGGUGUAGUGGUUAAGAGCGAUAGACUCAUAAUCUGGGGAACCGGGUUCGCGUCUCUUCUCCUCCACAUGCAGCUGCUGGGUGACCUUGGGCCAGUCACACUUCUUUGAAGUCUCUCAGCCCCACUCACCUCACAGAGUAUUUGUUGUGGGGGAGGAAGGGAAAGGAGAUUGUUAGCCGCUUUGAGACUCCUUAAAGGGAGUGAAAGGCGGGAUAUCAAAUCCAAACUCUUCUUCUUCUUCUUCUCUGUGGCCUUUUGGAGCACCUUUCUCACUUCCCUGGUUACUCAGCCUGUCAUAUGUAGGGUUGUGCAGAGGCCACACAUACACAAAAGGCUGCUUACACAUCACUGUGGUUCUUUAAAGUGAUAGUGCGUGCAGUUGCCCAACCCACCUUCCUUGCCCGCUGCAGGUCCUGUCAUCCUGCUCUUGCUCUACUGCUGCUUCCUCUUGCUGCUGUCCUUCAGAAAUGGUUGGCAAGAUAGGAGCCACAUCCUUUUGAGUGUGCCCUUUAGGCGUGGGCUGCCCAACUAAACUCUUGUCUUCCUCUGGAAAAAUUCUGAGUUUAGCUGCAGAACUAAACAAAUGACCACUUGGCAAACCACAAUUUUUCUAGAAUACUCCAGUAUGCUUCCAUAAUGGCAUCUAGACUACUUGUGUAAUUAGAAAAUAACUGUACACCAUAUGCUUGAACCAUUUCACUCUGGUUUGUAGGCUUUGAUGGUCCAGCUAUCUUCCUGAAACCAGAGAUUCAGGAGUUGGGGCCUAAACUCCAGAUAAUUUCACUUGGAUCAUCCUCAACAGAAGAUGACAGUGAGCCAAAAAAGACUGAGGAAAGUACAAUAGAUAAAGCUUCCAAUGUGAAUCUGCAAGACAUUCUGCAGAAACGAGGUAAGAAAUUGAUCUAAAGAGCUGGUUCAUGAACACUAAGCCCAAGGUAUGGCUUAGCACAAAUUACUUUUCCCCCCAGAGAGGUGAGAGUUUAUUAUUUAUGUUGUGAAGCACCCUGUGAUCUUUGGGUGAAGAGUGGUGUACAAAUUUAAUAAAUAGCAAAUAAAUAAUUAUAUUGUAUCAAGCAAAUACCGUAUUUUUCGCCCUAUAGGACGCACUUUUCCCCCUCCAAAAAUGAAGGGGAAAUCUGGGUGCGUCCUAUGGGGCGAAUGCAAGCUUCGCUGAAGCUUGGAGAGCGAGAGGGGUCGGUGCGCACCGGCCCUCUCGCUCUCCAGGCUCAGGAAGACAUCCGCAGCCUAGGCAGCCCUGUGGGAGGUCCCGCAGGGCUGUCUAGGCUGCGGAUAGCAGCCUGCUUCCUGGAGCACCAGGCGUGCUGAAAGCAGAGCGCCCGGCGCUUCGGGAACACAUCUGCAGCCUAGGCAGCCCUUCAGGAGGUCCCCGCAGGGCUCCCCACGCUGUGGAUAGCAGGCUGCUGCCCGGCGGGCAGGGCGCCCUGAAGCAGAGCGCCCCGCGCGCCGGGCAGACAUCUGCAGCGUGGGGAGCCCUGCAGGAGGUCCCCGCAGGGCUCCCCACGCUGCGGAUAGCAGCCUGCUGCCCGGCAGGCGGGGCGCCCUGAAGCAGAGCGCCCCUUGCGCCGGGCAGACAUCGGCCAGCCCCACAAGCUCGGGGGACAGCAGGGAGGCGCAGUGCCGCCAUCCUGCUGUUCCUUGACCUGGUUCAGUUUCCCCGACCUGCUUUUGGGGGGGAAAUAAAGAAAAAAAAAAUUUCCUUUAUUCCCCCCCAAAAAACUAGGUGCGUCCUAUGGGACGAAAAAUACGGUACAUAAAUCCAUGCACAUCUAAGAUGUUUUAAGGAGCAAGGCAAAAGGUUUUUUUAAAUUACACACAAAAUGCAAUGGGUACUUACAGUGUAAGGAACAGUCGUGCAAUGACGGGUUGCUUCUCUCCCCACAGCAUCUCCUUCAGGCUGCUCUUCUGCUGCUGAUGCCUAUAUCUGCUGCAUGCUUAGGUUCCUUCCAUACCCUAACUUCCAGAAUUACCAAAACUUCCUUAAAAAAUUGCAUGAACCAUGAUGGAAAUGGAAGGGUUAAACAAUUCAUUGACAAUGAAAGUGUAUUAGAAUGUUGGGCAGGGAGAAGAUGAAUGUGUGACUACUGUAUUUACUUUCAGUUUAUGGCUCCAGCAGAGUACUUCCCAUUUUGUAUUCAAAUUCUGAGAAUUUAUUCUAAAACGCUCCCCAGCCCACUUCUCCACUUUCUCACACUUAUUUUACUUUCUCAUUAUGGAAAAGAUUGGUAGUAAGUGGGUUUGUUUGCCUCAUAAUGUAAUAUUUUUUACUGUCGAUUUUUUAAAAUGCCAAUUUAGUAAAAGGGGUUUUACCAACAGUAAGUUCUUUCUGAGGCAUAUGUAAAAACCUCUUAUUUGUAAUUUGAACAUUCUGGAACAGCAAAAUUUGUUUCAUCUACUGUAUGUGACAGCCUUUCAAGUAUUUGAAGAUGACUAUCACAUUGCCUCUUAAUUGUCUCUUUUCCAGACUUAACAUACUUGACUCCUUCAGCCUCCCCACCCCCACACAACUUGGUCUCCAGGCCUCUCAGAACUGGAUAUGGUAUUCUGAGGCCAGGACUGACCAAAGCAGAAGAAAGAUUCUGUCUUGUGAUCUGUUGAGACAUCCUGAAAUUGCAUUCAUCUUUUUAGUUGCCACGUUAUGCUGUUGACUCAUGUUUCACUUGUGGUCUGCUAAAACCCCUAAGAUCAUUCUCAUAUUUUAUGGAGGAAGUGGACUGUGUAGCAAAUAAAAAUAUUGCAUAUAGAUGAUUAGAGAAUUAUGGAGUUAAAUUGUUACUGACUCAUAGCCUGUCUGGAAAAAUAAGUUGGAAGGUGUUACAAAUUAAUUAGAGAAGUUUGGGAUGGAUUAGUCAUGUUGCUAUUUCAUAUAUGAUGAACCUAUUACAAUUUAAAUUUAGGGACAAUAGUGGGAGAGAUAUCUGCUAUAUGGUUCCUUCUACAUUAACAUAAAAUAACCUCCUUGUUCUGGCAUUUCGAUAGGUAUUUCUGGCAGUAUGAAUUUUGAUGAGGAAGACACUGAGGAAGAAGAAACCAAGGAACAGUCAGGAUCUCCUUCGCCCUGUUUAGAAUCUCAGAGGCCUGCUUCUGCAAACAGCCAGAAGUCUGCUAUGGUAUGCAGUCUAUUCUCCCAGUGAAAAAUGUAAAAAAGAAAGCUUGUGACUGCUAGAGUCUGCAUCAGCACCAACAUUGCCAGAUUCAACCUGUGAAGUCUUCCCAGACUCCUUACCUCAUGUUUUAAAAUGGGACUUAACUGGAGACUUUACUUUAUCUUGAAUGCCAUUAUCAUUAUUGCUCUUAUGUUUACUCCUGAAGUUGUUAUUAUUGCAAGUCUUGCACUUUCCUCCUCUGCUCCUGUUCCCAUGUUGAACCAUUAUAAAUUCUGGAAGGUGCCUUGUUGACUGUCCCAGUACUAGACAAUAUACCUUUAUUCUCCUUAAAUUUGUGUGUUGUGGGAGCACUCUGACCUGACCUUGUUUUAUCUUACAGGAAAUGGGUGCUUCCUGCGUGGCACUUUCUCAGACAGAUGCAGAGCUGGGAGAAGUGGGAAACCUGGAGGAGUUUGUACUACGCCCAGCUCCUCGUGGUAUUACCGUGAAAUGUCGAAUUACUAGAGAUAAGAAGGGAAUGGAUCGAGGCCUCUUUCCUACUUACUACAUGCACCUAGAGCGGGAUGACAACAGAAAGGUACUGUGUUUAACCAAAUAAUGUUGUAAUGAAUGUAUUGGAUGUAUUGUAAAACCAAAAAAGUUCAACCUCCCCCCUGCCCCCGUAAGAAUUAAAGCCAUACAGAGUGUACUGUAUAUUUAUUUUUACUUUUUUGUUUUCUGUAAUGCUUACAAAGGACCUAAAUUGUUCUCAACACUUAUGCAUUAGAAAGUUAAGAGAGUCCCUGCAUGAAGGCUCACAAUUUAAUAGACACAAUUUUUAAAAGGGGCAAAGGGAAUGAGAGGGAAGUGGGCAGCAAACAUGGGAGCAAAUGCUCCUUCAGUAGCCAGCUGAUAGGGCCAAGCUGGUCUCCAUGCCCUCAUGAUCUCCCUGCAAGACUGAGGGCACAGCUCCCCAGUGGCUCGCAGUGCCUUGUCUAGUGGCAGUGUGUGCCUCCAUCUGUUUCUGCAGUCCUAGGGCAACCAUCCAAAUACUAUUUAUAAAUGCUAUUUAAAUGAUCAACAAAAGUGAUAAAACAUUACAAAAAAGCACACACCUUUGUAUUUAAGUACACACACACAUGAAACAUACUGAAAGAAAUCAAGGUCCAGAGAGCUUAUUUCCUAGUUGAAAUAAAUUCAUCAACUGAACAUGAUACUUGUCAACACUUCUCAGAAUCUCAGUAGCAAGCUUGUCUGUUAGCAUGAUUUUCACUGGACAGGUACCACUGUAUAUCCUUCAAGAAACAAAUAACAAAUUCCCUGUUAAUAAAUAGCAAUCAACAAUGCUAACACAGACCUAUCGUAACAAUGAAAAAUAAUAAAUAGAUUUCUAGUUAGCAGCAGUAACAAGUUUUCAAAGUUCUGCUGCUGGCAUACAUUGCACACCUCUCAUAACUUAUUAUGUUAGUUUGGUUUGCAUUAAACUCAGUCUUUGUACCUCCAGGGUCCACUGGAGAGGGCUGUUACAAAAAGGCAGCUGGUGGAGACAGAGCCAAUCACAAAAUGGUGGUGUGAGUUUUAUGAUCCCCAGAUUCUGUGUUCUUUACAGAACCUGUUUCUCUCUCCCUGGCAGUAAAAGUACACGAAAAAUGAAUUCAACCAACCAUAUGCUACCUUCUAUGACACCCCAGAUCAGCCGCCUCACCCUACCUAAUGGUGGACCCCUUGCAUCAGUUCGUUUUAACACAACACUGGAAAUUCCACCACAGUUCUUUUCCAUUGUGUGGCUUGGUUCUUUAGGUAGUUUCAGGUUUGUUUUUUUUAAAAAGUCCAGUGAAUAGUGUAUUGUGCUGACAACUUCAGGAAGUGGGUGGGUGGUGUUUUUUAGAAACAAAACCCAAAGGACUUAAGCUGCUGCUUUGCAUCGACAUUGACACUACAACCAGCCAAGUGAAGAGAGGAAGAAGACAGCCCAAGCUAUUCUUUUAUGUGGAAGCCCUUCCUGCUGUCAGAGCACUCCAGGCUAGGUUACCAGCGGCUGCUAUCAUCCCCCCCCCUCCAGGUAGACAGGCCAAGGCCUCCACCAGUUCCUGGACUCCGUGACUGAGUCACUUCCCUUGUUGAUCCAAAUCCUAGUCCAAAUCCUAGCUUAGCUGCCUUUGCUUGUGUAGUUCCUUGAGCCGAAGAACAAGAAGGAUUUUCAUCAACAGGGUAGCUGCAACCUGCCUGACAUCAGCAUGGAGCAGGACAAUCCAUGAUCCCUCACUAUCUUCUCUUCAUUGUCCUCUUCACCAUUUCCCUCAGCCGCUGCUGGAACAGCCCUCCUGAAGGUUUUUCAACAGCAGCUGGCUUAAGGAACCACUAGAAACAGCAUGUUCCCCAACAUCAGUAUUACUAACAUUUCCAUCACCAGUGGCACCAGUCAUGUGAUUCAGCAGAUGCGAACAUCUACUUCCGUUCCUCCGUAGCACAAAUUUUCAGUAAUGGUGAAUUCUGCAGGAGCAGCAGGCAAUAUGAAGAGGAGAUGACAAGGGAUUGUGGCUUGUCCUCCUCCAUAAUGACCUCAGGGCUGGGCUAACAGAAGCAAGCAGCAGCUGUGGCUGGCGGGGGCUGUGUGAUUGGUAAGGAUGCUUGAUGAGUCUAAUCUGGCCACUUGCUGUCCUUUGCCUCCAUUGUCUCCUUUCCCCCUUCCACUCAUUUCAGCUUCUCCCUCUUCAGCUGCCUCCUCCUCCUCUUCAUUUAGUUCAGCUGCAGUGGCAAGAGGACAGAGGAGAAAGCCAGCUUGUAUGAGGGGACAUGCCCAGCCUUCCUGAAGGAAGGAGUGGGUAGGUAGACGGAGGCUGGGGACUGCCAAGCCCAUCUCAAACUAGGGCAUGGCCCACCACGUGAGAAGUGGUGCUCUAGAGAAAUUGCUUUAAAAUGCAUAAUUACUAUGCUCUCUUGAAAUAUUCUCUCUCCCUUCACACCUUACCUUCUUUAAAAUGUUUAUAUGUCUAGAUAUUCCUUCUUGCGGGGAGAAAAAGGAAAAAGAGCAAAACAUCGAAUUACCUCAUUUCAAUUGAUCCAACAGAUCUGUCCAGGGAAGGAGAAAGCUUUAUUGGAAAACUCAGGUGAGACUCUCAAAGUGAUGUGACUUAUACUGUGUUCAUCUCGCCCCGUACUGUCGAUAACUAGUAGCAGCUGUCCAAGGUCAGGCCUUUGUCAUCCUUGCUACUUAAGAUCUGUUUGAACUUGAGAUGCCUGGGAUUUAACCUAGAAUCUUCCAUACGAAAAGCUUUGUCACUGAGAGCUAUGGCCCCUUCCCCGAUGUUCAGUGAGGUAGUGGGGGCUUGCUAUGACAUGUUUUGUAUCUUGCUUCCACAACAAAAAACCUCAGCUGAUCCCAAUGUAGGCUGGAUACUUUUGUGCUUUUCCUGUGUUGUGUGACUUUCUCUGUUAUGGCUUUUUGUGGCAUAAUUCCUUGUAUAGUGAGAAUCAUAACCUGGUGCUUAGGCAAUACUGGGCUAGAUGGAUCAAUUACGUAUGUUCAUGUAUGUCAGGGGUGGGUAAUGUGCAACCCUUCAGUCAUUGCCGGGCCUUAAAUCCCAUCACCCUUGAACGUUGGGAGUCCAGGUUGAUGUGACCCUGCAGAUGUUGUAGUCAAGGAUGAUGGGAGUUGUAGUCCAACAGCAACAUCCAGAGGGCCAAAAGAUCCCCCAGUGGUGGCUGGUUCCCAUGGGGGCCAGACACCACUGGUCUUGGAGGCUAGGACCCAAACCAAUGGCUUCAAGUUGCAAGAAAGGAGAUUCUGACUAAGCACUAGGAAUAACUUUAUGAUGGUAAGAGCUGUUAAACAGUGAACUGGCCCAACUCGGGAGGUUGUGGACUCUCCUUCCUUGGAGGUUUUUAAGCAGAGGUUGGAUGGCCAGGAAUGCUUUGGUUAAGAUUCAUGCAUUGCAGCAGGUUGGACUAGAUCACCUUUGGAGUCCUUUCCAACUCUACAGUUCUAUGAUAUAGCUGAAGAAGGGCACCGAAGACCAAAGCGCUCAGAAUCCAGAAAAAUGUGGUGGUGGAUUUUUUUCAUUUCCUGGGCAAACUAAGGCAAGCUUUGGGGAAAGAGGAUGAUAAAAUGUCAGAUGUGUUUUAAGGAGAAAGGAAAUUUUCCAACUCACUUGUAUUCUCUAAUCCUAGAUCUAAUCUUAUGGGGACUAAAUUUACUGUUUACGAUCAUGGGGUUAGUCCAGUCAAAGCACAGGGACUGGUGGAAAAAGCUCACACCCGGCAUGAGCUGGCUGCAAUCUGUUACGUAAGUAACUUACUACUGGGGGCAGAGUGAGGGAGAAGAAUUGUCUUUGUUCAUGCUAACCUGUAUUGGAAGGACAAAAGAGAACCUGCAAGGUGCAGCCUUGACUUACUCUAGGCUUUAAUCCUGACUGGUUUGAAAAUUGAAGCAUUCUAAAAUGUAUUUCACCCACAGAUAAUCUAGGAAACAUUUAUUGCUUUGUUCAUAAAUCUUCGUUGCAACAAUUUUAUCUGUCUUUCUACAUGCAAGAUGGCUAUAUGGCAUAACUAUUAUAGAAUGGUUGGAUGUAGAGGAAUGAUGGGAGGAAGCAGCUGGGGAAUGGUGGUAGGAUGACAAUGAGUGGUCAUAGGGAGAACUGGGUGGAGGUGUUGGAAGCUGAAGAGGUAACAGGGCUUUGUGGGCAGGGGGAGUCUGUGGCAGAGAGAAGUCCAGAACUGGACAGAAGCUGAAGCAGAAGAGAAGGGAGGCCAAGAGGCAGAGGUGAGUCUGGCUGCUGAAGAGACAUGAGUGUCUCUCCCUCCUUCUGCAACGAGCUCCCCUCCCCUCCUCGAUCUCCCAGAACUAGGAGAGGCAUGAAGAGGGAGGGCGGAGGAGAAGUUAGCUUCACACAGGCACAAUCUCAAGAUUGCUUGGGGAAAACCCUGAAGAGGUGAGAACUUAGGCAGCUGUGGGGAGAUGAGGACCUUCAGUCUCAGCAGCUGCCUCUUGGGGGCAAGACCUGCUGGAGAUGAGUUGCUGUGCUUAUGAGGCCUGACGCUCAUGUGCAGAUUGUGUUUUUGCUAAUAAAGAGUUAACUCCAACUUGCUCAGUGGGGUUUACCGCUGGCUCACUCCUGUCACAAAAUUAGUUAAGAAAAAGAUGCAUAAUUAUUUAUUAUAAUAAAGUAAUUUUCAUAGUUACAAUUACUGUAAUAAUACAUCUCUAGUAGGAUUUAUGCAGUAUAUUUCAACAUGUGCUAAGCCUACCGUAUUUUUCGCUCUAUAACACGCACCCGACCAUAACACGCACAUAGUUUUUAGAGGAGGAAAACAAGAAAAAAAUAUUCUAAACGAAACAGUGGAUGUAUGAUUUUUGUGGUUCAUGCUGUGGCCACAGACAUGUGAUCUGACGGUGAGUUUGGGGUAGCCCAAUGCAAAAAUCCUGAGGAUCCAUGUGGAUCCAUGCUUUGUAACCACGUUUUUGCACCACUGCGGCCCCAGGCAACAGUGGGUGCGUGAUUUUUUUGGUGCAAGCUGUAGCCAUGGACAUGCUAUGUGACCUGAUGGUGAAUUUGGGGUGACCCAGUGCAAAAAUCCUGAGGAUCCAUGUGGAUCCGUGCUUUGUAACCAGGCUCUCUGUCCCUCUCUUCUUCCCACUCAGCGGCUCUUCUCCCGCUUUGCUGUUUCAAAGUGAGCAAAGCGAGCCACGGAGGAGGGAAGGAAGGGGAACCAUGGAUCCUCUGCUCACGACUGCAGCAGAUCCCUCCGCCAUCCGUAGGCAUUCGCUCCAUAACACGCACAGACAUUUCCCCUUACUUUCUAGGAGGAAAAAAGUGAGUGUUAUGGUGCAAAAAAUACGGUAUUUCAUUUCCCCCCCAAAUUUUUUUAUUAAGUUUCACAAAAUUAUAUACACACAAAGCACACAAACAAACAUAAAUCAUAUCCUUAUUAAAAUUACACUUAUUGACAUUGUUAAGUGACUUCCUCGCUUCCCCUUGGUUGAAUUUCCAUGCAUAUCCUUAUAAUGGCUUUCCAAACGUGCUAAGCCUAUUUCAACACAAAGGUCACCAGUGGCCUAAUCAGAAAAAAUAAUAUGACAAAUCUGUUAAAAAAUAAUAAAAUUAAACAUUAACAGGGUCGGCACUUCUGUAAUAAAAAGCCGCUAUACAUUUAAGAAACCAAGUUAAUACUCACCAAUAAGCUUUGACUCCAGCAUAUAAAACUUCAGAGGAGGAAGAGGGCCAAACUUGCCAAAUCUACAUUGUUAACAACUGUUCUGAAUAAAUGGACUAUUUUUCAAUCGUCACUAAGGAAAAUUAUAUGAACUUCUACCUUCACAAAUCCCAGACCUCAAAAUUUACCUGCUCAAGAUAAAGAAAAAAAAAAGCUUUGCUACAAAGUUGACCAUGCACUUGCAAUUAACUCAUCCAUGGGGUGAUGAGAGCUCAUGAAGGAAAUUAGCCCAUUCUCAGGUCCAGUUACUAAAGCAAGGUAGAUAAGAUCACACAGAAGACAGAGGUGAGUAAUGGGAGUGAGACACACUAGCUACUUGCUGUGGAGUAUAAGGAACUGGAGCAAACCUUUGGACUAGUUGCUGUGUUGAGAUUCACUGCUAGGCUUGGAUACUUCAAUGGGAAAGAGGUAAGGUUAAAAUAGUACUUUUGCCUGCCAAAAUGGUGGCAGAAUCCUGGCUUUUAACUAGAACAGCUGGUUUUCUGACCCCAAGGCAACACAAAAUUCCACAGCUGUAGGUUCCCUGCAUUUUUGUGAACCCACUAAAUCUUGGUUCAGAAAUAGAAAUAGGCAAGCUAUUUUCACUCAUGUGGGUAAAAAUAAUGGUGUGCACUUGGGGACACUGUUAGGAGUGAGGACUGAGCCUACCCCUUCAUCUCCAUCACUCCAUCCUGCUUUGUUUCUUUCGGGGCAGUGCUAGAGUGAAGUGGAAUGUUGGGAACUGGUUUGCCUUUUCCAAGCAAGCAUGGCCAGUGUAUUUGUCACACACCAUUCUAAUCCAAUAAAAUUUGUAUGUUUAAGGUCAGUCUUCUUCUCCUAAAAUUUCUACCUUUUUUCAACAGGAAACCAACGUGCUCGGAUUCAAGGGACCCAGGAAAAUGUCAGUCAUUAUUCCAGGAAUGAAUCUCAAUCAUCAACGGAUUCCAAUCAGGCCACGAAAUGCAAGUUUCUAAUUGGGUCAUAUUCACACUACAGUGAGAAAAUGGAGUUUCAGAUUUUAGUGAUGAUAGGAGCAGUCAACAGGCAUGCCUUUGAAUAACUGAAUAUGAUGCACUUCAGGACACUUUUCAUUUAAAAGAAUUCUACUGUUCCCCUUAAGAGUUCUGACAGUGUAGUAGAGACGUGUAUGUAGCUUAUUCUUGAAUCCAUAAUAUUCAGCUAGGUUGUCAUAGCCUCUGUUGAAUCUUGAGUGUUGUUGACCAUCUGCGGAAGAGCACUUAGCUGAAAGAGGGAGAGUAGCCACAGUAUAUAAGAGCAUGUUCGCAAGUUAUAUGUUCUGUUUACAUGAUGCAAGAAAGAGUGAUCUUCAGAUUUUCUAAACAUAAGCUCAUUUGGAGUGGAAGGGUAACAGCCUUGGGAACGGGAAGGAAUAAGAAGUCUUCUAGAAGACAGCUACACAUUUUGCUUUGUAACUUUUUUCUAGGAGAGCUUAGAGACUUGUUUUGAAAAGCUAUUUAAAUUUAUUGAAAAUAGAGUUUGUUCUAUAUUUGAAUGAGAAAUAGAAUGAAAAUGUUGCCAUUUUCAUUUGCAUGUGUGCCUGCGAUGGUGAGUAGGAAUAAAAAAAAAAUGAAGUCAGGACUGUGAAGUUGAAGAGCUAUCAGCAGUUUUGCAGACCUGGUCUGAUGGAAAGGGGAUGGGAAAGGAAACCUGAGGUCUUGUUUUCUUGCUUAUUCUGUUGCACAGGAGCAUGAGAGUUUGCUGUCAAAAUGGCAAAAUAAAAACAUGGAGAACCUAAUUGAAUUGCACAACAAAGCUCCAGUAUGGAAUGAUGACACCCAGUCAUAUGUCUUGAACUUCCAUGGGAGAGUCACCCAGGCCUCCGUGAAGAACUUCCAGAUCGUCCAUGAAAAUGACCGUAAGUCUUAUGACAUUAAUAGCUACAGCAGAAGUUGGAGGGCUAGACUCUCAGUUCAGAAUGUUAGAAGGUUCUGGGCUGCAAAUGCAUCCAGAAUCUUUCACUAAUGAUUGCUGGGUUUGAUGGAGAGAAGACAAAUCCUAGAAGUCACAUGUUGCUUUCAAAAAUCCUUUUGCUAGCACCACUGCCAUGCUGAAUAGGUAGAUCUCUGCACCUGCGCCCCUCCCGUCCCUCUAAGCCCUUUCUCUUGUGCCAAUGUUUUUCUUCCAGAAGCCUUACAUGCCAAAACAGAUGUUGCUUACCCAACUUAAACACUCCUUUCAUCAAAGUCUUUCAUUUUUAAUUGGCUGCAAGCCAUUGUUACCAUCAUCUGUUGCUGUUUGAAUACAUUUGAACAGAAUGGGGAGAUGCUGGAAUAUUAAUGGCCCCAAUUUUACAGUGGUACCUCUGGUUGUUAACUUAAUUCGUUCCGGAGGUCCGUUCUUAACCUGAAAGUGUUCUUAUCCUGAGGCACGGUUUCGCUAAUGGGGCCUCCCGCUGUGCGUGCACCUCCAGCACACUAUUUCCGUUUUCAUUCUGGGGCAAAAUUCGCAACCAGGAGCAGCUACUUGUGAGUUAGCGGAGCUCGUAAACCUGAAGCAUUCGUAACCAGAAGUGUUCAUAACCAGAGGUACCACUGUAGUUGUUUUCAAUAGAAAUCUUUAAAAUAUAUUUUUAUAUCAACCUGUAUUUUAUUAAAUUUAGCCUCACAAAGGAGCUGAGGGUGGCAAAUACAAAGGUAGGGAAACAAUACAAUUAAAAAUAAAGUUUAUUUAUUUAAAAAACCAUGUAAAACAGUCACAUACCUUCAGUGCUUUUCAGUAUUCAAAUGCCAUGGUAUAGUGUGUUGCUGUCCAUUUAAAAAGGGUAGAGUGGGAUUAAUUUGAUGUUUUAUAUUUUAGGAUUUCUAUUGAGGAGUUUUAUUCACUAAAGAAGGGAGUACCAAUGAUCCAUGUUGGAGUUAUCAGAAAUUAGGCUGGGAAUAUCCUAGUCUUCCUGCCUUCCAGGCAAUAAGACUAGGAAUACUGUCCACCUAUUUACCCUGGUCCUGCCAAGUCUGCAAAGAAAACAGUGAGGCUACUUUCUGCCUCUUUUCUGACUGAGGGCCCACCCAUUCUGGCCUUGAGGCCUAGCAACUGGCUUCACCAGCCCAAUAUUAGGCUAACUAACCUAGGCAGCACUGGCUUUCUGCAGAGGUACACUGGGGGCAAUUCACCCUGUCUUCUCCAGAUCUCUCAUAGAUAAUGGCCAGCUCCAUGAGGUCAUCAUGAGGUGAUGGGCACCAAAUUGAAGCAUGCAAUACCAGUCAUUUGUGUACCAUCUACCUGCCCUGCUCCAUUGUCUAGCCCUCAGGAUGCCUGAUGUUUUGUCAGCUUUGAUAUAAUGGCCAGGAAGAGAAGGACAGUCAUUCUGCUAUGAGACAAAAAGGUUCCUUUUGGGCUUAAAAAAUAUAGGAAUGGUGUCUUGAAAAUAAGGAAGCGUGGGCCCUAGCCAAUUGUGAGAAACAAUAUCUGCCUCAGGGUUUGAUAUGUGCAGAUUGGGCAAAUAGCAGGUAGGGAAUUGCUACGGAUAAAUGUGAUGAUUCCAUUCAUAUGAUGCAGCUAGAUUAUGAUUUCUUUCCCUUUCUCCCUUUCUCUAGUUGACUACAUUGUAAUGCAAUUUGGCCGUGUGGCAGAAGAUGUGUUCACCUUGGACUUUAACUACCCCCUGUGCGCCCUUCAGGCAUUUGCCGUUGGACUCUCCAGUUUUGAUAGCAAACUUGCAUGUGAAUGACAGAUGUAGUACAACAAGACCGCUUCUUGUUUUUCUUCCUGUGCUAACAUCUGAGAAGAAAAUUGUACUUGAUAAUCCUGGGGUGUGUGGGGCAGAAACUAACAGCUAAAAUGUCCCCUGUGCUUACCUAGAAGGAAAAUGGAGCCCUGAUGGCUGACUACAUAGAAUGCUGUCUUUCUAAGAUGUGUUCAUUCUUGGAGAAGAAUAAGGAAAACGUAAUCCUGAGAGGGAGGCUUUUUAGAAAAGAGCCCUGCUCCCCCCUGAGCAGCUGAGCACCAGUGUCUAGGAAUUCCUGUUGUUAGAAUCACAUUAAUGAAACUUUGCUGCCUGUUUUCCUCAUGAAAUUACUCGUGUCCUUGAUGCUAAUGCCACUGAUACAUCUGUGUUCCUGUAACAAGAGAUGUCUUGGAUGUCUUGCUGCUCUUGCUAUUUGACAGUCCUGUUUUCCAGUAAAGUUGGUUGGUUUCCAUGUGUUGCUCUGCCGCUUUGCAUCUGCUGAAGAGUACUUGUUGUAGAGGUAUGUUCUCCAAUAAGGUGAAGUUUAUUGAUCAGCUUGAAUAAGGCAAAAUUCACCUUGUCAGUUUCUUUCCACAAGGUAAUUUUUCAUGAAAAGUGAAGAGAUGACAUCCUUGACAUGUCAUGCUGAUACCAGUAAUUGACCGAUUGACAUGCCAUGCUAGUUUCAAGAGCCAUAUAAGGAUUUCUAAUUUUCUUGUUUCAUUCAGUGAUAAGCCUUCUUUCUUUUUUUCAUCAUUAAUUGAUCUGUUUGUUUUUGCGAAAUUAUUUAAAAAACACAGCACUCCUGUUGGUAGGCAAGGAAAGCAUUUUUUGUGUUAAAGGCAAUCUUCCUUGUUUCAUAUGUAACUGUACAUUCUAAAUGUUCAGUUGGGUAAGAUGUUUUUUGCUUUUUGGACAUAUUUGCUUGAAUAUGAUCAUUAAAAACUGAUUAAGUGCAUGUAUAUUCUAAGGCAGAAGGAAAGCUGCUAUCUCUGCUAGAUUAAGCCAAAUCUUUAUAUUCCAUGGUUGCCUACAGAUGAUUGGAACAGGUAAGGCAUUAGUGCUUCUUGACCCAAGGGACCUUGAUUGCAUCUUGGCUCUCAGGGGAUCCUGACUACAUAGAAUCAUAGAACUGUAGAGUUGGAAGGGGCCCUGAGGGUCAUCUAGUCAAACCCUCUGCAAUGCAGUUCAUUGUGUAUCUUGUAGAAUUUCUUCUGUAAAUUGCCUUCGGGUGUUAUGCCCUGUAUUUCCAAAGAACACUGACAGCUGAAUAACCCCUGCUGUCUGAAGCUGCUCCUUCCCUUUCUGGUCACCAAUUCUGGACUUUCAUAGAAUCGUAGAGUUGGAAGGGACCCUGAGGGUCAUCUAGUCCAACCCCCUGCAAUGCAGGAAUCUCAGCUAAAGCAUCCAUGACAGAUGGCCAUCCAACCUCUGCUUGAAAACCUCCAAGGAAGGAGAGUCCACAACCUCCCGAGGGAGACCUUUUCAUUAAAAUGCAGUUGUGUCUGGUUUGUGUGCCAUUAAAAUCCCUGUAUUAGUAAAUACCGUGUUGUCUUCUUUCAAAGCAAUGCAGGUUUGCUGAAAUGUUUUCUUAUAGGUGGAAUAAAAACCAUCAUUAUCAAUUGUAAAUUCUGCACUUUACUGUAAGUGAACGAUUACUCAUCACUUUUAGAAAAAGCUGGUGAGUUGCAAUUGCCUUCAAGGAAAUGUUGCCACUAAUAGCAUUGUGCACUUGUGUAGAACUCAAGGAAGGGAUGAGAGAGCCAUUUCCCAAGAGAUCAAGGGCCAUGCUCCUCUUUUCCAUCUUUAUGCAUCUUGUUUGUCCUUGGAAGCACAAGACCCUGCAAGAUGGCAUUGGCUGCAUUCUGAGCUGGUGAGUCUAGAUUGUUACGUUUCCUCAGAUGUUUGACUAAAAGACAGGUCCCUUGGUUGUUUCCCCAACUGUGUCAGCUGUUAAAGAACAUCACCUUUUUUAAGGUUUUCACCUUUGUCCAUACCACAGCUCAAUAAUGUUCUUCUGGUGCCAGAAAUAUUUUUUGUCUAGAUGCACAUGAUCUUGCUACUUGCCUUUAGCCAUUUGAAUCUUUGGAAUACAAACACUACAGACUUAAACUGGCUUAAACAGUCACUUCGUCUCCUCAUGAAUUAGUUCUGUGGGUGAAAUAGGAAGAAUUAUUAUACAAUCACUAAAUAACAAAAUUCUUCCUAUAAUGCAUGACAAUUAACUAGUAUAAAAGUGAUACAGGUAUGUAGUUUCUGCUGUUUAAUUUGGAGCACUUUAAAGUAAGGGACUGUCCCUACCACCACAUAAAAUGGGGCUGGCUUCAUGUGGCCAAACUUGGCUCCGGUUUCUAGCAGUCAGACUUCUCUGACUUAACCCUGUUGCGAUUUCAUGCUGUAGUUUGCCUAUGGAAUUAGGCUACAAUCCUAAUUUUAAACAAAAAUUCUGUGUACUUCCUUGCUUGGAAAUCUCGUAUGCUGGAAUUGGCUGACUCGGAUUUUAACCCAGCUGUGGAUUUUUAUUACAUUUCUGUUUGAACAAGCAAAAGAAUGCAAAGGGUAGGAAUUUACACCUUGGUUGCUGUUGCAAAUGUAGUGUUAUGCUGCACUUUCAGUCCUCCUCUGCCUACAUAUACUGUAAAUGCUUCUCUGCAAAAUCAGUGCAGACUAUCAAGAAAUAAGGGAUCUCUUAUUGCUUUGGAACUGUAUUUGUUUUGUAGAAGCCUCCAGUGGCGUAGCGUGGGUUGUCAGUACCCGGGGCAAGGCAAGUAAUUUGUGCCCCCUAACCCGUGGAUUUGUGCCCCCUAACCAGUGGAUGUGCCCCCUAACCCUCAGAUGUUGCGCCCGGUGCGGCCGGCCCCCCCUGCACCCCCCACGCUACGCCACUGGAAGCAUCCACUAUGCCUAAUCCAAAACUGUAUGGUAUUGAUUAUAUUUAUAUUUUUUGUAUUCCAAUAAAAUAAUUUAUAUAUUUAAAAAUGUGA